GAAAAAACAACCUUGACGAGAACAUAUAUAGGUAGCGACAUCUGGUAAACUAACAGGUUGCUGGUUUUCAAAUCUUCUGGUUCAAGGUUUGUGUAUAUCAGACUACAAACAAAUGGAUGUAUUACAAUCCCUUACAAAUUUCAGCGGAAAGCUUUAUGGGGAAAUGUUGGAAGAAAACCAGAGUCAUUUUGAGAAUACUUUUCUCUCUCCUUUUAAUAUAUAUACUGCCCUGGGAAUGAUCCUUUCCGGCAGUGAAAUGAAUACAAAAACGGAGAUAAUGAAAAUGAUGCACUUAUCUACUUGUUUGGAACAUCAUACAAUUCACCAUGGAAUCAGUGGACUUCUGUUUAACUGUGCAGAACGUGGUGAAGGUGUUGAGAUAAUGUUUGGGAAUGGAUUGUUUACAGCAGAAGAUGUGGAUGUUAAAAAAGAUUACGAAAAUACUCUUAAGAGUUAUUACAACGCACAAACAGAAUCUGUGACAUUUCAGACGGAUCCGGAAGGUGCUGGAAAAAGAAUAAACCACUGGGUUGGUGAACUGACCAAAGGGAAAAUUCGUGAACUUUUUUCGCCUGGAUCGCUGUCAACCGACACAUCGGUUUUAGUAAUUACCACUACAUACUUUGAAGGUCUGUGGAAUCUACCCUUUCUUCAAGGAAGUUCACACGAAAGCGAUUUCUUUAAACUUGACGGAUCAACGAUGAACGUAAAGUUAAUGUAUAUGAAUUCCUCAUUUGAAACCGUCAGUUUACCACAUUUGAAAUCACGUGCUAUUAAGAUACCAUUUAAAGAUCCUAGAUUCUCAUUAUUGGUCAUUCUUCCAAACACAAAUGAUGGAUUAUCUGAGUUACUAGAUGCGUUACAUAGAGAUGAUGAAUUUUCAUCAAUUCUUUCUUCUAACUUUACAGAUACCAGUAUACAUUUGUACUUACCAAAGUUCAAACUGAAGGAAGGCAGUGCUAUAAGCCUUGUAGGCUAUCUACAGAAAAUGGGAAUGAGAGAGGCUUUUUGUCCAGGAUCAGCUAACUUUACAAACAUGUCUGAAUCAAGUAAUUUAUGUAUACGAGAUAUACUCCAUAAGGCUAUUCUUGAAGUGAGUCGUAUAAAUCUUGUGUUUCUCAACAAACUUCGUUGUUAGAUUGCAUUUACCUGUUAAUAUUGUGAAAUAAACUUGAAGCGCUGGUUGGUUGUAGCCAGUAUGGUUGAGAUUCGAUUUCUGUCUACUUGUUUAUACAGGAACUCAUACUUGCGAGUAAUGCGUUCUGCAAUUUCUUCGGAACCAUAUCUGCUGAUUUGAUGCGUAAGACUUAAUCGAAACAUUGAAUGUCAGCUUAACACCACUAACGUGCAUGACAAGGAUGGACUUCAUUCAGAUAAUGUUUCUUGAUUUCUCACUCAACCUCUUUAUCAUGAAAUAACUUUAAAUAUAAUACAAUCUGAGGAGUCAUGAGUGACAUUGGUAUUUCAGGAUAGUGUUACUUAUGGAAAGACGAUCUGUUUAGUUUGUCAAAAAACCACGACUAGCAGCAGCGUAACUUCAACGUACUCUAUUCGUCUCUUGGUGUUAGCGAUGGCAAUCCACGAAGAGUCACAGAAUGUUGUUAUGUUUGAGUGGUAAAUUCUGACAGCCGUGUGAAAUAGUUAUGUUGAGCAGAAUGUUUGAGAACCAACCCUUGUAAUAGAUUUGUGUAAGGAUUUUAAAUCACAUCCAUUAACAUGUCUACGAAAAUCCAUGUAACCACCUGAAGGCAUGUUAUUUUCAAUUACAUCGGUCGCUUUUCCACAGGCUUUUGUCAGUCUCUUGAAAAUACUUCACAUAUCAGUGAUACUGAUAUUUUCGUCACUCACGAAAGACUAUUUUAUAAAGGAAAGUUUGUUGUUCAUUCCAAUUCGUUAUGGUUACCUUAUGGUUAUUAGAGCACUAAUCAGGUUUUAUUUCUUAGUGAUAUUUGAGAUAGAUUUCACCACUCAUUGUGAUUAGUUUUAUUCACAAAAGUGUUUUCAUAUUAAGUGUUUUCAAUAACUGAUGACAGAGUGAUUGAUUUUGUCUUUAACUGUGAUGAAAUUCUAUUGAGGAAGUUGCAAUGUGACCGCUAGUUUAAGUGACUUGGCAUUGCAGUGCACUGUGAUGUGUUGAAAGUGUUUGGAGGUGGUUGUUACGAAACUAUUGACCUAGGUUCAGUGAUAGUUUGUUACUGUAAGACUGAAACUGGAACCUUGGGGAACUGUCGCCCUCUGUGAAAAUCGAAUUCACAUCAACCCUUGUCACUUUUGAAGAUGUUACCACUGAGCUAUUUGUGCUACAACUAAUCUCCUGUAUGAGCUGAAUAUUAAAAUUGACGGAUCAGCGAAUUGUUACCAAUGUCAUGUUGUUUAUCUGUUAGAGGUGAUGAAGUUUUGUGGACUUAGUUGCAGUAUUAUCAGUAGUCCAAUGAACUUGAUAUCUCAAUAAGCGUUUUUGUGUUCCAUGAUUGAAUGACGCAUUAGAGCCAUGAGUUUAUUGACUUACGUUAUUGACUUUCGAUUUCCAAUUAUGUCACACAUAUUUCUAUUUACCCAGAAUCAAUCACGACGCACUACGAUUUGGAACCACAUUGGUUCACAGAGUUUAGUUAACUUUGGAGACCUUUACGUAUUUGGGCAGCAUCAUUGAUGAACAGGGUGGAUCUGAUGCAGAUGUGAAGGCGCGGAUCGGCAAAGCAAGAGCAGCAUAUGUACAACUGAAAAAACAUCUGGAACUCAAAGCAACUGUCAACCAACACCAAGGUCAGGAUUUUCAAUACAAAUGUCAAGACAGUUCUACUGUAUGGGGCAGAAACCUGGAGAACUACAAAAGCCAUCAUCCAGAAAAUACAGGUGUUUAUUAACAAUUGUUUACGCAAAAUACUUCAGAUCCAUUGGCCGGACACUAUUAGUAACAACGUACUGUGGGAGAGAACAAACCAGAUCCUAGCGGAGGAAGAAAUCAGGAAGAAGCGCUGGAAGUGGAUAGGACACACAUUGAGGAAAGCACCCAACUGCGUCACAUGGAAUCCUCAAGGCCAAAGGAAAAGAGGAAGACCAAAGAACACAUUACGCCGGGAAAUGGAGAUAGACAUGAGAAAAAUGAACAAGAAUUGGAUGGAAUUAGAAAAGAAGGCUCCGGACCGAGUGGGUUUGAGAAUGCUGGUCAGCGGCCUAUGCUCCAUUGGGAGUAACAGGCGUAAGUAGUAAGUAAGUAAUUAAGUAGUGGAGACAAGGUGACUCAACAUAAUUAAAUCUGAGUUGACUAAUCCCUCUUACAUUGUUCACGUUGAUGAAUGCUUCAGACAAAAUGAUAAUGAGUAAAUCUGUGAUUUUAUGUAACAUGAAAUAUUGUAAUUAUUUCUACUGUUUCUUCCACUUAAAAAUUGUUAAUAUAAGUUCUAUUGAUUUUUGUUCAUAGGUGGAUGAGCAAGGUGUGGUGGCAGCUGCAGCAUCUUCUGCAGAAGUUGUUCAACUUGCUGCACCUUUACCUGAAUUCGCUGAUGAGGAAUUUCGUGUUGAUCAUCCAUUCUUCAUUUCAAUUAUUUGGAAUAAUUCUUUGCCAAUAUUUCUCGGACAUGUUACAAGUCCAGAGAAUUGAUAAUAGUCAUGAUAUAUUCAUCAACCUAAUAUACUUUUCCUUUAAAAACAAUGUUUACAUACAUUCUGAUUUUUAUUCAAUUAUGUAUUUUGGAUCUUUGUACUUUUAAUAUUGAACAGUCCUGAUAUGAUGUUGUUUAUUACUUCAUGGAAGUGAUGGUUUUAAUGAAACCUUUGAAUGUUUUUUUUUCUAUUAACUUGAGUUUUGUUUUCAUUUCAAAUAUAACUGUCCAUUUGUU